AUUAGUAGACGUCUUGUGGAGCGGGACGACUACCAGAGAAGAAAGAGUGAGCGGAGAGAGACGUAGGCGAAGAAAGAGAUCAGCCAUGGUGUGCAGAAGCGUUGUGAUGCGCUCGAUGCUGUUAUCGGAGCAGCCAUGGCGACCCUCCUGCCGCCCGAUCCUCGGCGCUUUCCAUUCGGUCGCUACUCCUCUUGUCCGGCCUCGAGUUAGGGCUCCGUUCGUAGCCGCUCCUCUUCGGUGCUCCCACGGCGACGCCCAGACGCCGGCCUCCCGUUCGUCCUCUCCUCAGGACGACCAGGGCCCUCCCCAGGAAGCUGUCCUCAAGGCCAUCUCCGAAGUAUCAAAGUCUGAAGGAAGGGUUGCACAAACCACAAAUGUUGUUAUUGGUGGUACAGUGAUGGAUGAUUCUACUGAUGAAUGGCUUGUUUUAGAUAAGAAGGUUAAUUCAUAUCCCACGGACAGACGGUUUACCGCAAUAGGAACUGGGGGUGAUGAAUUUGUCCAAUCAAUGGUUGUUGCUGUUGAAUCUGUGAUCCAAGAACCAAUUCCAAAGGGUAGCGUGAGUCAGAAAAUAUCUUCAAGGGGAAAGUAUGUGUCAGUAAAUAUUGGUCCUAUUCGUGUUAUCUCGAGUGAACAGGUCCAAGCUGUAUAUAAUGCCAUGAGGAGGGAUGACAGGAUGAAGUACUUUUUAUAGAUCGUAUGAACACGUUUCUUAUAGCAGUUUUGGCGGUUCAGCUCUUAAUCGAUCUUUGAUAGUCCAUGGCAAUUUGGUAGCUUCCAGGCUGGAGGGCAAAAGCCUUGUAUCAAAUGCUCAGAUCUGCUGCUUAUCAAAAUUCAGGAAUCUAUUGUGUUAAAGUCAUUCAAAUCACUGGUAGAUAAGCAUAAUUAUGGAA